CUUGAAUAAGCAUGACCUGCUGCCAGGCCGAACGCCGGGCUACGUUUCAUUCCCUCAAACGUCAGGCUUCAGUGCAGCUGUGAGUUCUGUGGUUCACCGUUAUAAGUAAACGAUCUUUCUCACUGAAACCACAGUAGCCGCAACUGUCGUGUGAAGUCUAUUGCUACCAAAUUACCUGCUGAUUGAUGUCGCCCAAGUCCAAGGACUUCAAUCUUAAACCAAAGAUACUACAGAUGCCCCUGACGGCACCUAUGAGCUCAGCGGCUACUAUGAGCCCUGUCAUGCAGUCACCUCUAACACUCAUUGACUUUGUGACUACCGUUCCGACACCACUUACCUCAGAGCUAGUUGCCCUUGCGCCGUAUAUUCAGGCCAUAAGGCACUUCGCACAGAUUAUCAGCUGGGAGUCUUCAUGGGAGGAAAGCUGGCUUGCUCUUGCCACAUGGUGGGCGUUAUGCUUGCUCUCCGAACCAACCCUGAGGUUCUUUUUACCACUUGCAGUCACAUUCGUUCUCGCACUGAGACAGUGGACAUCAUCCACUCACACGUCUUCGGCAAUGUCACCGCCGGUAAUAACCGACAGCGCCCUUCACGCUCUUGUAUCUGAUCUGACGACCAUUCGCACCCUGCUUCCCUCAUCACCCCUCGUCGAAUCACCCCUCCCUCCAUCCUUUGUUGUUCUCCGAGUACUCGCAUCUAUCUAUCUGCCAUACCUUGUUCUCACAUCUUUCGUUGGUCUCCGUAUUUGCAUCGCAUUAUGCGGUACCCUGUUCAUGAUUCACAGAGCGCACUGGGCAAAACAUGCUCGAGCAUCCAUUACUCGCAGCGCACAUAUCCGAUGGGCAUUUUACCGGCUAUGCGCAUUUAUCGUGGGGGUGCCGCUCCCACCACCCUCAUCGCCCUCUCCCUUAGAAGCUUCUACCAAGAUACGCCCAGCAUCUGUAUUAGCGGAUGAUGUACCCAAGCCUUCCCCGCCUCUUCGCUUCCUGUUUACAGUCUACGAGAAUCAGCGGUGGUGGAUGGGUCUUGAUUGGACAGCUGCCCUGCUUCCCAAUGAGCGUCCAUCAUGGUGUAGCUCCUCCUUAGUUCCAUUGUCCCCACCCUCAGUCUUUCCUCUUCCCUCCUCGACAACGGCAUACGUCGCUGUCGGCAAGAACGGCCGCGCGAAACGUGUAGCGCGCUGGACGUGGGAAGAACCUGAAUGGCGCGUUAUCAUACGCAAGGAAGGCCAGGAAGGUGUCUGGCGAGUGGAGAAGACACCUCCAAGAGAUAAAGACGGACCUGAUGAAUCUACUGCAGCACGGAUGCUACGCGCCGCACGCGGCCGCGACAACCUGAACACGAGCUCCAGUGGUCCUGCCGAAUCGCCCGAACAGACCGGCGAACAACAUUCCAGCGACCCGUUCCUCGAUCCCGCGUCUGAAGAUGAAGCUGUCACAGACCCUGAGGGUUGGUUGUACGGUGAUAACAAAUGGGAGGGUGCGAGCUCAAAGGGUGGAAUGGGAAAGUACACGCGCUUUCGGCGUUGGACUCGCAUUGCUGUUCUCAGUGAGACCGUCGAACUUGUGGGUCCAGGCGAGUUGGGCGUUUUACGCGAUUCUAUGGAGUUCAGCGGAUAUAGGACUGCCGCGAGCUCCAUUUUUGGCAGUCCUAGCACCCCGUCCAUAAGUGUCAACUCGCCAACGUUGAGCUCGUUUUCAGAAUUAGAAAUGCAGAGUACGGUGACAGCGCCAGAGUCGCAGAAGGAUGGGAAAGACGGCAAGGAUGGAGGCAGCACGCUGAGACAGCGACUGAAGGCUGUUGUGGAAGGAACGGCACAUUGAUAAUAAUGACCUUUAAAUUUGUAAUAUUAUUAGUUUCCGAUACAUUCUAUGAACGUUAUCCAGUAAUGGAAUAUUUCGUUUCACGAUCUGCAUC